CUUUUUCACAGUAGACAGUUUGAUGAUCACAUUAGUAAAUGCAGCAUAUUGCAAAGUCUGGUGUUGACUCAUUCUGAAAGGAAAUUGCAUCUAUUGCACAGUCCAUUUCGAUGGGUGUGAUGACAUGGAAAACCGCACAUUUUAUUAGCCUCCCCAAAUCUUGAGGAAAAGAUGCUUCCGUGGUCCAACUAUCUCAGACAGAGCCUAUAUAAUAGGUUGCUGGUGAUUCUAUUGAUGACAAUCUACCAUGACUUAACAGGUGAGACAGGAGGUGUACAGGCCUGGACAUACAACUACAGCGUCAACCAGAAUCUGGACUGGGAUUCGGCCCGCCAGUGGUGCAGGCAGCACUACACAGACAUGGUGGCCAUCCAGAACCAGGAGGAGAUCGUCUAUCUCAACACCAUGCUCCCUAGGAACUCACAAUACUACUGGAUCGGCCUCCGCAAGGUGAAUGAGAUGUGGACCUGGAUGGGGACUAACAAGACCCUGACCAAAGAGGCUGAGAACUGGGCCACCGGGGAGCCCAACAACGUAGGGGAUGGACAGGACUGUGUGGAGAUCUACAUCAAAAGAGGAAAGGAUGAAGCCAAGUGGAACGAUGAGAGAUGCACAAAAAAGAAGGGAGCCCUCUGCUACACAGCGUCUUGCUCAGAGCAUUGCUGCAGCACCCAUGCAGAGUGUUUAGAGAACAUAGGGAACUACACUUGCCAGUGUGACCCUGGCUUCAAGGGCCCCCGGUGCCAGGAAGCCGUAGCGUGUGACACUGUGUCGGACCCAGACCAGGGUUCAGUGAACUGUGACCAUCCACAUGGGCUGUUUGCCUUCAACUCCUCUUGCCAGUUCCACUGUGCCCAGGGAUACCAGCUGCUGGGGGCAUCACAACUGCUCUGCCAGGCCACAGGGUUCUGGGACCACCCUGCCGCUCAGUGCCAAGUCAAACAGUGUUCAUCGCUGGACAAUGGUCCUCAUAGAGGGACUAUGAACUGCAGUAACCCCAUCGCCCUGCACAGUUAUAACUCCACCUGUGCAUUCAGCUGUGAUUUGGGGUUUGACCUAAUAGGACCAGACAGGAUUCAGUGUAACCACACAGGACAGUGGACAGGCAACGUCUCCACCUGCACAGUGGUGAGGUGUGGCCCCUUGUCCCCUCCUGCCAUGGGGAACAUGUCCUGUGUGGACCCCCUGGGGGCCUCCUCCUUCACCUCCUCCUGUGGGUUCUCCUGUGAGGAGGGCUACCUGCUGAGAGGAGACAUCAACCUCACCUGUUUAUCUACUGGACAAUGGACGAACCACACACCUGCAUGUGAACCUCUGCAGUGCGACGUCUUAACCUCUCCCCCGCAUGGCUCCAUGAACUGCUCUGACCUCCAUGGUCAGUUCCACUACGGGUCCCAGUGUCUGUUCUCCUGUGAGGAGGGGUUCCUGCUGAACGGGUUGGCUGAUACAGAGUGCACCUCCCUGGGCACAUGGAGCAGGAGAGCCCCCCUCUGUCUGGCUCAGCAGUGCGACGUCUUAACCUCUCCCCCGCAUGGCUCCAUGAACUGCUCUGACCUCUAUGGUCAGUUCCACUACGGGUCGCAGUGUCUGUUCUCCUGUGAGGAGGGGUUCCUGCUGAACGGGUUGGCUGAUACAGAGUGCACCUCCCUGGGCACAUGGAGCAGGAGAGCCCCCCUCUGUCUGGUGGUGAGGUGUGGCCCCUUGUCCCCUCCUGCCAUGGGGAACAUGUCCUGUGUGGACCCCCUGGGGGCCUCCUCCUUCACCUCCUCCUGUGGGUUCUCCUGUGAGGAGGGCUACCUGCUGAGAGGAGACACCAACCUCACCUGUUUAUCUACUGGACAAUGGACGAACCACACACCUGCAUGUGAACCUCUGCAGUGCGACGUCUUAACCUCUCCCCCGCAUGGCUCCAUGAACUGCUCUGACCUCCAUGGUCAGUUCCACUACGGGUCCCAGUGUCUGUUCUCCUGUGAGGAGGGGUUCCUGCUGAACGGGUUGGCUGAUACAGAGUGCACCUCCCUGGGCACAUGGAGCAGGAGAGCCCCCCUCUGUCUGGCUCAGCAGUGCGACGUCUUAACCUCUCCCCCGCAUGGCUCCAUGAACUGCUCUGACCUCUAUGGUCAGUUCCACUACGGGUCCCAGUGUCUGUUCUCCUGUGAGGAGGGGUUCCUGCUGAACGGGUUGGCUGAUACAGAGUGCACCUCCCUGGGCACAUGGAGCAGGAGAGCCCCCCUCUGUCUGGUGGUGAGGUGUGGCCCCUUGUCCCCUCCUGCCAUGGGGAACAUGUCCUGUGUGGACCCCCUGGGGGCCUCCUCCUUCACCUCCUCCUGUGGGUUCUCCUGUGAGGAGGGCUACCUGCUGAGAGGAGACACCAACCUCACCUGUUUAUCUACUGGACAAUGGACGAACCACACACCUGCAUGUGAACCUCUGCAGUGCGACCUCUUAACCUCUCCCCCGCAUGGCUCCAUGAACUGCUCUGACCUCCAUGGUCAGUUCCACUACGGGUCCCAGUGUCUGUUCUCCUGUGAGGAGGGGUUCCUGCUGAACGGGUUGGCUGAUACAGAGUGCACCUCCCUGGGCACAUGGAGCAGGAGAGCCCCCCUCUGUCUGGUACGUCACUGCCCCCUGCUGGUGGAGCCAUGGAGAGGCUGGAUGAACUGCACCCACCCCCAUUCACCCUUCAGUUACAGCUCCCACUGCCUCCUCCAAUGCAAUGAGGGAUUCCUGCUAACUGGAGCUCCCACAAUGCAUUGCAACGCAUUGGGAGUCUGGAGCCAAGACUUGCCGUCCUGUCAAGUGGUCCAGUGUGAGAACCUAUUGCACAGACUGCCAUCUCCCCUACCCACUCCAUCCUCAACCCCACCACCAACCCUGGGACCCUCCAUGAACUGCUCACACUCCCUAGGGGAGUUUAGCUUCAGCUCUCUGUGCCUCUUCACCUGCAGCAAAGGUUACUAUCUGAAUGGAACAGAAGAGCUGUCCUGCACCUCAGAGGGACAAUGGAGUGACCUUGUGCCCUCUUGCCAAAGAAACAUCACCUCUGUCCAAGAGUCCUCUAGGAUGCUGGUCUAUGCAGUGGUGGGAGCUGCCUCUGCUGCUGGGCUGUUACUACUGCUGGGACUGGGCAUGGUGGUCGCAAAGAAGCUCAGCAAGAAAGGUGACUUCAACUUUGCAAACUCGUUAUGGGAGGAAAGAGAGAACCCUGCUUUUGAAAUUUCUUAAAAAAGAAUGUGCUUAAUGACAUUGUACUGUAAAACAACAUUUUGCAUAACGAGUUGGAUAUUGAAUUAAACAAGUUAAUUGUUUUCAAUGUA